AUGGUUCUUUCUGGCGCGUGCUCGCGCGCUGGGUUGUUGCCGUGGUUUGUGACGGUGUUUGUGGCAGUGACGGUUGCGACGGUAUGGGCUGAAGCGGCUGAGUCCCGAUCCGCACCGCCUGUGGCCAUUUCGGCGGCAGCUUCAGUCUCUGUCGGCUGCAAGGGCUGCAAUACGACCAACGAGACGGAGACAGAGGUGCUUUUGCAAUUGCACCGCGCGAGGUCUUCCAAGGGAGAUCCGCAGUCUGCAGAGGCUGCGCAGCAGGCUGUCCAGCAGCCAAAGCAGUCGUUGAAGCAGAGAAAGUCCAUGAGCAGCUCAUCUUCCCAGCCGGUUUUGAAGGCAGGACAUCGAGCGGUGGAGGUUGCACAGCAGCCAAAUUUGAAGGCGACAAAGCAGUCGUUGAAGCAGAGCAAAUCCAUGGACAGUUCAUCUUCCCAGUCGGUUUUGAAGACAGGACACCUGGCGGUGGAGGUUCCACAGCAGUCGCCGCAGAAGGAGAGGCAAGGAGACUCGGAGAACUCUGGUGGAGAAUCAUCGAAAAGUGGCACACUCGUCGCAAAGCUUGCGCAGAGCGCGCAGAAGUUCGCCAAUUUGUACCCCAAAUUCAAGAAGAGAACUGCAGACCUGAAGAAGGUCACGCAGAGCGGGCGGAAAUUCGCCGAACUCUACCCCAAGUUCCGGAAGAGUACCAGAGAGCUAAGAGGUGUGUCGUGGUCAUUGCAGAAGAAGAUCAACGACUUGGAAGAGAAGAUUGCCAACAUCCCAGGGCGGAGCCGCGCUCUAAUCCCCAAAAACACCUUUGAGUCACCAUGUUUGGAAGAUGAAGAAGGAGAGAUUGCUGGCAGUUGCACGGAAUCGACCGUGCAGAAUUGCCUUUUUGAUCUCGCCUACACUUCCCCAGAUGAUUGGACGGGAACUAUUUUGCCGGGAUGCAGAGAACGCCUGACGGGGGAUUAUCGGGAGUUCCUCAAUUCAUCCACGUGCCAAUUUGUGGCGUGCGCUGGCAGUGUGGAUGAGAUCCCAUGUGAGUCUGACGCCGAGAACGGCGCGACAGUCCAGUUCACUGUGGCGCCAGGCAAAUGCGCGCUGAUUGUGCAGCAACCUAGCGAAGAGCAGGGCGAUUUCAACGGAGUCGAAGGCGGUGGCGGCAGUGGCGGUGGCGGUGGGCCUGGCGGCGGCGGUGGCGGUGGCAGUGGUGGCGGUGGCGGUGGGCCUGGCGGCGGAGGUGGCCCGUCGAGUGACAGAGCACAGAGCUUUUUGCAGACAGGCUUGGUCGAGACAGCAACCUCCAAUGCGAACACGAGCGCGUUUGAAGGUUUGGAGGCACGCUUGCUUGAGAGGAUGGCUCAAAUGACACAGAGGAUCCAGGAUCUCAAGCAGGACAUUAGCGGUAUCAACAACCAGCAGCAGAUCCUUCCACAACAGAUUGCAGCAUUUUUGCCACAGGAUGCAGAACAGCAUGAAGAUGAGCAUAACAAGAGAAAGAAGUUGAAAUUGCCGAAGAGGAAACCGCAGGACGAGGGUUUCGAGCUUUGCAAAAGCACAAGCCUUGCAAAAGGGUUGAAAUCUACGAAGGCCAAGCACAACGUGUCGCUGUCCCAGCGCAGACAGGGCGGAGACAUUUCAGCAUGUGAUGAAACGAGCAAAGUGCCUGUCUUUGAGCCAGAUGCUGGAGACUACUCCAUUCAAUGCUGUGAUAAAGGCGAGUUGCAUGAAGCUGUCAAGUGA